AUGAAAACUACAAUGAAUAUUUCCUUGAAGCAAUUAGAAGCCUAUAUGGCGCGUCAAGAAAAGAGAAUUGAAGAGUCCCAAAUUAGAAUCAUGGAAACCCUGAUGCAGAAAUUCUGCCUGUCCCAGCAAAAUCCUGCUUCUAGUGAACCUCAAGUAUCACAUAUUGAUUCAGUCAUUAAUGCCAUUCAUGAAUUUAAUUUUGAUGGUUUAGCAGGUGUGACUUUCGAGUCCUGGUUUAAGAAGUAUGAAGAUUUGUUUUAUAUUGAUCUUUGCAAACUGGAUGAUGCUUCAAAAGUGAGAAUACUUCUUAGAAAACUUGGGACUAUGGAACAUGAACGCUAUAGCAAUUUCAUUCUUCCGAAGAACCCACGAGAUUUUAGUUUUGAUGAUACAGUCAAAACCCUGUCCCAAAUCUUCGGAGAACAAUCAUCGCUAUUUAAUAUCCGUUACCAGUGCUUAAAGUUAACGAAAGAACCAGGCGAUGACUGGGUGAAACAUGCAGGAACUGUGAACCGAGAAUGUGAGAGGUUCAGAUUGUCGUCCAUGUCGGAAGAUCAGUUCAAAUGCUUAGUAUUUAUCUGCAGCCUGAGUUCACCCGAAGAUGCUGAUAUCCGAACAAGAAUCCUAAGCAAACUUGAACACUGCCCUAACAUGACCCUGCAAGAAGUGACUGCUGAGUGCCAAAGGUUAGUAAACUUAAAGCAUGAUACUUCAAUGGUAGAAAAAGGUAACUCUUUCCAUAACGUUAAUGCAGUCAAGAGAAAAGUCUAUCAAGGUUCCAGUACCCAUAAUUAUCGAAAUAACAGCGACAAACCACCAUCUCCAUGCUGGGCAUGCGGAGGUUGGCACUAUAAGAGGUUUUGUCCAUAUAAAGAACAUCGUUGCAUCAAAUGUCAUCGGAAGGGUUAUAGAGAAAACUGCUGCAGAAAAAGAAGCCAUAAACAACAUUCUUUGAAACCUUACUCGAAGAAAUAUAGAUAUAGUGCUCAAACCAACAAGAUAUUGGUAUCACAUAACAGAGCACAAAGUUGCCACCAAAGAAAGUAUGUGACCUUGAAUAUUAAUAAACGCCGAACCCGCCUUCAGCUUGACACAGCUUCUGAUAUUACCUUAAUCAGCCCUGAAACAUGGAAGAACAUCGGAAGACCCACAAUUUUUCCAACGACACAGCUGGCACACAGUGCAUCCGGUGGGAAGUUACAUAUUGUUGGAGAAGUGCUAUGCACUGUUUCUAAAGGUAUGGUAACAACAAAUGCAACAUUGUAUCUUACUAAGAAGCCAGCACUAGACUUAAUGGGGUUGGAUCUUAUAGAAACGCUUAAACUAGCUGAUCAUUCUAUCAACAGCAUCUGCAGACGAGUAAGUACAGACAACACCCCAGUGGGGAGCCAGAAAAACGCUAUGUUACAAAGACGUUUUUAG